UCUCUCUCCGUCUCUAUUUCAAAGAUAUUCUUGACUCGACAGGGAGUGCCAUGAACCUCGCAAGUUUUGUUACCUUUCUUCCUUCAUGGCUUAUUGUGAUUAUUAUUGGAAUAGUAACUUUCUAUUCUGUAACAUAUCUGUUGCCGAAGUCGAAGAUUGAUUUAACUGGGAAAUGUGUCUUGAUUACUGGUUGUGAUCAGGGCUUCGGUCGUGAAACAGCUAUUCGACUGGACAAGAUGGGAGCUUGCGUGAUUGCAACUUGUUUAACGAAAGAAGGAGAACAGAGUUUGAGAUCAGUUACGAGCGAGAGAUUGAAAACUUUCCAGAUGGAUGUAACAAGCUCUGAGCAGAUUAGAGAUGUGUACAGCGAAGUCAAGAAAGAAAUUUCUACUGCUGGAUUGUGGGGACUGGUGAAUAAUGCAGGAAUUCUCUCUCUCUGUCCCAUUGAGUGGACACCCAUGGAAGUCUUCAAACGCUCAGCAGAUGUUAACCUGUGGGGUAUGAUUGAUGUUACUAAGACCUUUUUGCCUCUGGUAAAGAAGACUUCUGGACGAGUGGUAAACUUAUCAAGCAUGGCAGGACUUAUUUCUUGCAAUUUUUUUGGCUCAUAUUCUGUAAGCAAAUAUGGUGUGGAGGCAUUUUCAGAUGCUCUGAGGCGUGAAAUGCUUCCUUGGGGAAUCAAAGUCUGCAUUUUAGAGCCAGGAUCAUUUUCGACCAACAUUUGUGCCCCAGAUAUGUUUGAGCGGCAGUUGAGGGAGGGGUGGAACAAACUGACUGAUGAACUAAAGGAUGAAUAUGGAGAGGAAUACCUUGACAGAAGUAUUGAAAUUAUGAGAGAUGGAAUAUAUCGUACGUCAAACAUUAGCCAAGUUGUUGAUACGAUAGUGGAAGCCCUAACAUCAAGUUCACCAUCUGAUCGUUAUUUGGUUGGAAUAGAUGCAAAGUUUCUUCUUGUGUGGUUAGCACGGCUGCCAGCAUCUAUUGCUGACUUCAUUCUCCAUCUAGCUUUUAAUCCACCUAAACAGCAAGCUGCAUUAUCUUAGAAAAAGCAAGAAGAGAUUCACAAGCAUCAGUCACAAGUCAUUACUUGAAUUACCACUGCGUAAUUGGAUGGUAAUUUUGCUACAUGUAAACUGUGUUUUAAUUCAGUGAAAGGAAAAUAUAGCCAUGCUACAAAAAAUGGUCAAGUUAAACUAAAACUUAUGACAAGACAACUUUGUUGCCUUUUCCCAAACAAGGUAUUAAUUCAGCUGUAAGCAGACCACAAUAAAGGAGCAAUCAAGACAGAGCUUUAAAUUGCACUCAGCUAGCAUAAGUCUCUUAUGUCAUCAGUUACUCAGGAAGGGGAAGCAUGAAUUGCAUAAAGGUAUAGAGUUCAUGGAAAGAAACAGCCUAUUUUUUUGCAUAGUUUUGUUACAGUGUAAGCAACAAGUGUCAGUAACUCAAUGUAAUGUACAAUAAUGCAAAAAGUAUCACAGAAAGUCAAGUAACUCCCAAGAUCUCAUUAGUAAUUCUCCUUACUGUCUGCUAGAUGAUUCUCAUUAUGUAAGUUUGGAGAAUUUGGUAUCAAAUCAAUUAGUAAUACCAUAAUUGAUAUUUUCUUUAUUCUCAUCACUUGUCUGCAUGAUAUUGUGUAGAUAUAGUUGGGAGAAAGUCUGUCUUGGUCACUCACAGGAGUUAAAGGGUUAAGCAAGGGUAAGUUGUCUUGUAGGAGGACCUCUUCAUUUGAUUCUUGAACUAACUUCAAUAGGUUAUUGCUUUAAAUGCUUCACUGCUUAAAUUCAUGAUACUAGAAAUGCUUUCAUGUACAUGCCCAGAACACAUUUUCACAUUAGAAAUACAUUGAUUUAGUUUUA